AUGAGGUUUCUAGCCCUCUCCAGAUUGCUCUGCAUCUUGCUCCUCUGCUUCUCCAUCUUCUCCGUGGAAGGGAGAAGGCAUUCUAGGCAUCUUGCCAAGCCCCGGAAAGGCAAGCUUUGCUGUUCCCGAGUUCCUAGUCCUGUCCCGACGGCCCAGAAAGGGCGCCAUGUGAGGAUCUGCAGACAGUGCAAAGUCAAGCCGGGGUCCCGCACUUGGGUAGUACCUGGGGCUCUCCCGCAAGUGUAA